AGAUUGUACUUUCAAUAGUGAUUUUCUUUAUUUAAAAAGUAAUAAUAAUUAAAAAAUAAUAAUUAAGUAGUAAAGCUCAAGAUGGAUACAAAAUACAAUGCUAAUAAUUUAUCCACUGCAGUACCUCUAUUUGAUUAGCUGCACACUUUCACAUUGAUUCCCAGAUGAGGAUGCGCUUCGUUGUUAUGGUGAUUGUGUUGCCGGCGCUGAUGAUGGCAGGAUCGGAAUGCAGGUCCAGCUGUCGGCUCACCAAUAUCUCCAUUACCGUGGAAAGUGAGGAAUGUGGCAGCUGCAUCACAAUUGACACCACUGCCUGUGCCGGGCUUUGCAAAACACAGGAAAGUGUUUACCGUAGCCCACUGAUGCUGUCUUACCAGAACACCUGUAACUUCAGAGAAUGGACGUACGAGACCUAUGAGUUCAAAGGCUGCCCUGCCAGGGCUGACUCCGUUUUCACUUACCCAGUGGCCCUCAGCUGCGAAUGCAGCAAGUGUAACUCUGACAUCACAGACUGUGGAGUCCUCAGCCAGCAGACACUCGGCUGCAAUGCACAUUAGACAAGGAAACUAAACACCGCUCUGCAACCAUUUGAAAGCCUUUUGUACAGUUCUGAAUAUUUCAUAAUACUAUGUAAAUUGCAUAAUGGAAUGAAACAAAUAUAUAACAUUUUAAUAUUAUUUGCAAGCAUCAAUAAAUAUAACAUACUGCA